AUGGCCCAGCCAGAGGACCUGGUGUCUGCAGUCCCCACUGAGGAAGAGAGGCUAGCCCUGCCACAGGAAGAUGGAGCUUGCAAGAGCCUGUUAGGGGUCCUAGGCACCCCAGAGACCCUUCAUUACCUGCAUCGGACACAGAAUGUAUGGCAGGUUCCAGAGCUGGAUGCUCAGCAUGCCCAGGCCUUUCUGGCGCUAUGGCCAUUGGGGAGUUUCCUGGUCAUAGGACAUAACCCUAGCCAGGUCUUGGUACUGAAGACAGGACCUUCACAAGAAGUCAACACCUAUCAGAUCCAGAAGAUUCCUGGAGGUGUGUCCCUGGAAUCCUCCAACCUCUGCAUGCCAGACUUGCUGCAUCUCCUGGCAUUUCUAUCAGUCAGCAGGGAUGUUUUGCCAAGGACCCUGCUCUUGCCCUCUCUGACUCUAGGGCCUAGAGACAAGCACACAGAUCCUCUACAAGCUGGCUGUGGGCAAUAUGACACCUCAAAGAGGGUGCUGUCUGUGGUGAACCAGCUCUACCUAGAGACACAUGGAGGCUGGGGGACAAAGCCAACCCCUGAAGAGACAGAGCCAGAGACUGACCAGAAAUACAAACUAGCCCCUAGGAAGCCUGCCCCGCACAGGGUCUCCUGGGUGGAAAGCCCACUGAGCACGGAAGUGCACCAUCCUGGGCCUGCUCUGUCUAGUCUAGCGGAAGAGAAGGAGGAAGAAGUGGACAAUGACUACUACAAAGAUGAGGAAGAAGGCCCUGAGGAUGUGCUCACUGCUCACGUCCGGGCUCUGGCUAGGGCCAGGAGCAGCUAUGUAGCCAAGCAGUACCGAGGCCUUCGAGCACGCCUCACCUCAGAUUCUGGAGGUCCCCACAGGCCUGGGGACCCAGCCACGGAGCUGCUUCAGGAUGUGCGCUAUCUCCUCACUGACCUUCAGGAUCACUUGGCAAAAGACCCUGACGUCAGAGCUAUCUUUGGGAAUAGGGGACCUGGGGCUCCUCAGAAAGACGAGGAUCUUGGGCCCGCGGUGGAGGCGGCCGUGUGCCGGGCGGUGCUGGCGCCCCUGAAGCCCGCCCUGUGGACGAAGCUUCGAACACUCCGAGCGCAGGAACUGCGGCGGCUGCGGCGGAGACAAAUAGCGCUGAGGGCGGGGUCGGGGCCUCCCGGAGCACAGGGGGCGGGGUCGGAGGGGCAGAGCCCCGCCCCCGUCCUGCGGAGUCGCAUCCACGCGCGCCUGGAGUACCUGCACGCCGCGUGCUCCCCGCGCCGCAAGGUGGCACUGCUGCUGGCCGUGUGUGGUGACGUCUACGCGAGUCUGGCCGGCGGGGAGAAUGAAGAGCCCCUGGGGGCCGACGCCUUCCUGCCGGCCCUGACUGAGGAGCUGAUCUGGAGUCCACACAUUGGGGAGACACAGCUGGACGUGGAGUUUCUUAUGGAGCUCUUGGAUCCGGAGGAGCUACAGGGAGAAGCUGGAUAUUAUCUGACCACGUGGUUUGGAGCACUGUACCACAUUGCCCACUACCAGCCCGACGCAGGUCGUGCGCCCCAGGGGCUCAGCUCUGAGGCCCGAGACUCCCUGCGCCAGUGGCACCGAAGGCGCACACUGCACCAGCAGGACCAGUCCAGGACCCAGGCUGAGCUGCCCUUUGAGGAGCCAUGGGCAACAGGGACUGCAGGGGACCAGUGAUGAUUAGAAUCCUCCAACCCCAAUCACUUCUGGGCCUUUUGGUUAAGAUCAAGUGUGGACUUCUCAAAUCCUCUGCCCAAGCAAGAAGGGAGGGCAAGAAGGCAGGAAGAGAGACACCACCCAUACCCACACCCACACCCCACCUUUGCCCUGGCCCUUCCUGCUUCCACAGCCUUUUCCUAAUAUCCACAGCAUUCCAUCCUGCUCUGGGCUGAUGUCACUUCAAUCAGUUUCUCCUGGACCAUA